UUCCCUCAGCUCCAGCCGACCAGCUCGAUCGAAGGUCGAGAGCUCGUUCGUUGCUCCCGCGACCAGUCCACGCACUGCCGGAAGCCCCGCCAUGGGCCUCUGCUUCAGCAAGAAGAAGCCACCGGCCACGCCGGCCGGUGGCGCUAAGAAGCCCGGCAAGAUCGCCGACGACAAGGCCAAGAAGACGGCACAGCAGCCCAAGAGGGCGGCCAAGGCGGCGGCGGCGGCGGUGGAGCCGGCUGCGUCAGGCAAGGCCGCGGUGCUCGUCGUGAGGGGCAAGGAUGCUGCAGAGGGAGGGGGCGAGAGGAAGAAGCGGCCGGGCUCGCAGGAGGCGGCGGCGGCCGAGAAGCCGUUGCCCGUGGUGGUGGUGCCCUCGGCGCCGGUGCGCACGUCGAGCUGCACCAAGGAGGAGGUGGACGCGAUCCUGAUCCAGUGCGGCCGCCUCAGCAGGAGCUCGUCGGGGACCGGGAGGGCGGCGUCGAGCGAGGCGGCGAGCGGACACCGCAGGAGGCGCUCGGGGUCCAAGCGCAGCUACGACUUUGACCAGGACGCAAGGUCCGGUGGUGGCGCGGGCGCGGACGAGGAUUGGGAGAGGCAGGGGGCGGCGGCGGUGUCGAGGUCAUCGCCGCACCGGGGCUCGCCGCAGCGGAAGCGGUCGGGGAGCCGGGAGAGGAGCAGCGGCGGCGGCGGCGGGAGCGGGAGCCGGAGGGCCAGCCGCUCGCCGGGCCGGCGCACGGAUGGCGCUGCGGCGACGGCGGGCUCGUCCGGCGGCGGGGAGCGCGCGAGGCAGCAACCCGGGAAGAUGGUGUCCGUGCCCGCGAGGGAGAAGGGGCGCGCGCCGUCGCCCGCAGCGGCGUCAGGGAAGAGGUGCGCGUCUCCGAGGUCGAGCUCUCCCGCGAGGAUGGUGCCGGCGAAUGAGAAUGCUGGCUGCGGGCCGGUGGUGGGGCCGACGCCAGCGCUGAGCCGGAGCUCGUCCAGGAAGGCAGAACAGUCCCCGUACAGGCGCAACCCCAUGGCCGAGCUCGACGAGAACUCGCUCCGUAAUAACAGCAACCACAGUGCCAAGCCGCAGAAGAAAUCCAUCGAGAACGCAGUCGCCGCCACGCCCAAGAAGAAAGCCAUGGAGCGCGGGAAGGAGCCCACGGUUGCAGCAAGCUGCCGUUCUGGGAUGGAGAAGCCGGAGAUCGCAGAGGAGGGAGCCACCAUUGCCGCCGCGUCAGAGACGAGAGCGCCCUCGUCGAAGACGAACGCGACGCGCACGGCGAGCAUCGUGGCCGUGGGGCAGCCAGGCAGCAGCAGGUCGCGGCGGGUGUCGCGCGACUUCGACCAGAACUCCGGCUCGUACACCACCCAGCUCCUCGAGGACAUCCAGAACUACCACCAGCAAUCCACCUCUAUUGCUGUACCCGCCACCCCCGCGACGCCGUCCUUCUCGCUCCCGGCCUGCGUCGCCAAGGCAUGCUCCAUCGUCGAGGCCGUGGCCGACCUCAACUCCUCCUCGUCAGAGAACUGCACCCACGAAUACGAGCCCGUCCUCUCCGCCGACGACAAGGGCUCCGUCAACGCGCCGCUCGGCAGCGACGGCAGCGUCGAGCCGAGCGCCGCGCGCAAGCCGGUGCAGCCGGUGCGGGACUUCCGCGUGGAGACCGAGCCUCAGGAGUCAGCCGGGAGCAACAGCGUCUCCGGCCACCAGUGGACGCCGUCAUGGGAGCCACCCUCGGUGGAGUCGACGGACAGGACGUGGAGCACCGGCGACGAGGUUGUCGAGCAGUCCGGCAGUCACGUAGCCCGCUGCAGCCCGAUGAACAGGCCCCGGCAGAGCAAGCAGCGGCCGUCGCAGCCCGAGACCAGCGGCCGGGGGUCGCGCGCCGGCUCCGGCAACGUCGGUAACACCUUGCACCGUGGACGCAGCGCGCAUCGUGGCAGCAGCAGCAGCGCGGCGAGCGGCCGGUCCGGUGUUCGAGUCGUCUCGGCGGCCUCGUAGUGGAUGAGGCUUGUUAGAUCAGGCAUGUUGCUGCGUCGUUGCAGCAUGGUGAUGGUGUUCUAUGUUCUAUCUAGAUGCUGGUUGUGGCAAGAUGGAUUGCUGCUUCACAGUUGUGUUGGUGUUUUCUUUACUAUCGAUACAUUGUUCA